CAAACGGCAGCCUCACCACACGCUCACACUUAGACACACACACAAUCAAAACAACACACACCAAGAGUGAGGACAUUACAAGAGUUACAAGAGAGAAACAAAAAGAUCCUUUGGCUAUAGCAUCUACGCUCUCAGUCUUCUGGUGUUCUUGCAUCUCUGAUAUGACCCUGUUUAGUCCAAGAUACAUGAGCAUGAGUGGAGAUUUGAAGUCAAGCCGCUCUAGGGCAACCAGUAAGAGGGCCAGCAACACCACUUAUGGAUCUGACUUUGAUUUGGACUACGACAGCUACCAGGAGGACUACUAUGACAGGACAUAUGACUACCAGCGUGUGCCAGCAUCCCUCUCUCCUCUACCCUCGGGACCCAGUCUGGCCAAGAGAUCGCGUUCGUCCUCCUACAUCUCUGGGCACAGACGUAGUCGAGACAGAACCCACUCCAAAACCUCCAGAGCCCACUCCACUAGUUCAAACACUGCCAAGUUGGGAAUGGAGGAGUUGCAGGUGAUUAAAAAGGAGCUGACUCUGAUAAAGACACAGAUCGAUGGGCUGCUUGACAGUCUUGACAGGAUGGACACGCAGAGGAAUGAUCACAAAGGAUCUCCCCUGAGAGAGGACAGUCCAUUUGGCUCAUUGUAUGCUGUGUCCGCCGGCAGCCCAGAACAUUCCUUCUCCUCCCUCUCUCCACCCAGUUCACGUCAUCGGAUCCACAGGGACAGCCCCAACAUGAGGUUGUGCAGCGAAGAUCACCACACGAUGAGCAACCACAGCUCAGACCCUGAAGAGGAAAUAUGAGGGAGAAAUAUGAGAAAAUGUAGAAGAUGUGGAUUGAGUGCCAAAUGUGGAGGAAGAAAACAUAAACCUACGACCCACACCAGAGGCUCAACAUAGGCUGGGCAUUUAAAAUGGCAUUGAACAUCCGACUGUAUCAUAUCAACUUGUUUUUAUGUGACCCAGAAAUACUGAUGCAGCUUACUUUUAAACCAAGUACAUAUAUGUACACACAUCUGAUUGAUAAGAUUUAGCCAGUUUGGCCAGAGAGAAAAAGAGGGAGAUUGAGAGGCUAUCUAAAGCAUAUUUAUAAAGAACAGCUGGAGACAAAGGGAUAAAAUGACUUGACGUUAAUUCUGUUCUAUUAUGUAAGAGGAUUUGUUUGAGCAGCAGUGCCCAAAAAUGUCAUCAAAAUGUUGCA